AUUGAAUUGGAAUUCCAAUUACCUAUGAAUGGAGAGGACCGGACGACUCUGGCAUCACUCCGUAAUCUCUCUCUCUCUCUCUCUCUCUCUGAGGUGGGUUUGUAGCUAGAGAAGAUCAAUGGCGGACAAGCCGAGCAGAGGAUUGGUGGUGUACGGAGAUGGGUUGGCUCGUUACAUCAAUGAAUCGCAUACCCAACUCCACUCCCUCGCAUCUCGAGCUUCCUGUGGUUUCUUGUCCCUUCCCAAUUCCCCUCCUUCAGAAAGUGAGGAUGCAAGGAUAGUUAGAGAGUUUGCAGAGCUACUGGAUGCUUCUGAAACUUAUCACAAUACAAGUGGGGUAGAUACUGCUGAAAUUCGAUAUCAGAAGUAUGUGGUGCCUAGCGUUUCGGACAGGUUCAUGGGAAUGAGAUCCGCUAUAAUCACAAACAACUCUAGUUUGAUAACUUUUGGAGGCAAACUAGGCUUCACGAUGUUGCAAUGGAGUGACAUAAUUGACAACAGUCAUCCCAAUUAUGAGUCACCACCUGACGUUGUGGCCUUUGAGGUGCUGAAGUUACUUGGAUUUCAACAAGGGAAGACUUCGGAAAAAAGCCCAUUCGAUUUAGUGUUUAUUCACAUUGGAGAAGGUGAUAAGAAUGGUCAGAAAAGCACAGGCAAUCUGAAUGGUUUGGUUGGUCAAAUCAUGCACAUUGAGGAACAAGAACAUGAAAUCAGUUCCCGUUUGCACCUGUCCCUUGUGAUGAGUUAUGGUCCUGUAUCAGAGAGUGAUGAUCUUAAUUAUUCUGUUGUGGGUAAAGAUGAGAACAACUCUAAUCUUUCCUUACUAUUCCCUCGCCAAAGUUACACAGUGAAAGGGAGGAAUCUACGGGACAAUGUUAGGCACUAUUGUCCAAUGUUAACUGCACAAUGGCAGAAUGCUGUAACCCGCAAAGAUUCGGUAGAGACGUUUUUGUUUGCAGAUUUUAAAGAGCAUGGUGGAUUGCUUACAAUACCGGCUGAUAGGUUUCUACAUGAAAUUGCAUUUAAGCUCUGGAAGGCCCCCAAAUAUGGAGCAUGAGGUAGAAUACUAGAAAACCUAGAUGCGUGACCAGAUCUCUGACUUCUAACUUAAAGCAAAGUUAUGAGGUGGAACUAGGAGCCACCCUGGUGGUCAAAAACAUUUGUGACUGCUUAAAAUGUUAUGCUUGAGGUUGGUAUUUUGAAAGCAGUUGUAAUAAUAAUUGCUCUUCGCGUGAUAUGUACUUUCAUUAAUCAGUGUUGGCUGGUCACCAUGUGAUACUGUGCUUUAUAUUCUGAAGUUCCAAAAAAUAAAUAAAUGUGAUAUACUGUAUCUUGUCA